AUGGCUUCAUACUGUCGUCUUUGCGCGGGUCCCAUUGACCCGCAGGAUACGCACGAGCACUGCAUUGCCUGCCUGGGCCUGGCUCAUGCGGAGGCUGCAUUCUGCGAGUCCGAUUGCGCGCACUGUGCGGACCUGCCGGCGCGUGUCUUGAGAACUCGCAGGAACAUCGCUCGUGGAAAUAUAGGGUCAAGGCUCACUGCCACCAACGAGUCGCUGGUGAGUCUACCCGCUCCAAGGGGGAGCGGCGACGACACGGCUCCGGGCCGCUGUCCUCUGCCGUCACCCCAUUCCCCAGUCCUCUACGCCGACGAGAGUCUUCGUCCCCCGCCUUCCGUCUUGGGCGCCGUUUCCUUCGGCGCUGAGGAGGACGACGACUCCAUGUUCAUCUCGGCUUCAGACAAGGACUGGGCAGGGUCGGAGCGGGAUCGCCCCGACCUAGAGAGCACCCCGGACCUCCACGAGGAGUUCAUGAGGGUCCUCGAGAAGGCCGUCAGCGAGCUCGACAUCACCUGGAGUUCACCUGAGGAGCCGGCAAAAAGUAAGCUCGACUCGUGGUACCUUCAGGCGGGCCGCCGUCAGGCCACAUCAAAGAGGAGUGCGCCAUUCUUUCCAGAUGUCCACGAGCACGUGGUGAAAUCGUGGUCUGCUCCUCAGUCGGCGCGCGUUCACGCCGCUACGCAAUCCAUGUUCGCCCACGUGGUCGGAGCGGAGGCCCACGGUUACGUGCGCAUGCCACCCGUCGAGGAGACCCUCGCCGCUCAUUUGUGCCCUUCUACCACCUCGCUGGGCUCGGACCCAGGCCUGCCGUCGAAGCCGUGCAGGUUUACCGCUCAUCUCGCCGGUAAGGCUUACGCAUCCGCCGGAGAAGCCGCUUCCGCUUUGCACGCAAUGGCGGUGCUGCAGGUGUUCCAGGCUAAGAUCCUUCAGUCGCUGGAUAGCGGCAGCCUGGAGGCGGACGCCACGAGGGAUCUGAGGGCAGCGACCGACUUCGCUCUGAUGGCAACGAAGCGGACCGCACAAGCUAUCGGCCGAUCCAUGGGGUUCAUGGUCGUCCUACACCGUCAUCUCUGGCUUACGUUGGCGGACCUGAAAGACGCUGACCGUAAGUCUCUCCUCAACGCCCCGAUCACUCCCUCCGGCCUCUUUGGUGACGUCGUGGAGUCGGUGGUGGAGCGCUUCGGGGAGACGCAAAAGCGCGCCAAGGCCAUGAGUCACGUGCUCCCGCGACGCUCUUAUCAACCGUCUCCUAGAGCCCGUUCUUCAUCCGCGUCGCACUCCGCGCAGAGGCCUACCAAACAGCACGCUGCUUCCGCCCAGGCUUCUCGAGGUCGUGAGCCGGAUGCACGGCCUAAACAAUGGUCGGGCCCGCCUAAGAAGAGAGCUCUUUCCCCCUCACACGACCAAUGCUGCGUUCCUUGCCCUGCCACGGUGCAGCGCGAAGCCGCAGUUAAUCCCGACUAUAACCAGCCUUCCCUCGUCCACGGUCUUUCCCGUGGGCGAGAGACGGCUGGAGUCUCACGCACGGGCUAUUUCCCCGCCAGUGCAAUUAGCCUCGCUGCACCAGCGUGCUUCCCUAAACGGUCCGCUGACGGUAACGCCCGAAGAGAUUCGGCCAUUAUGUCUGUUUCUGGACGCGUGGAAGGCCAUUCCGGACAUUUCUCAUUGGCUACUAAAUGUGAUAGAACACGGGUACACCCUGCAGUUCAGACGAAGACCUCCCCGCUUCAGCGGUGUGGUUCCGUCGCUUACGUCAGCGCAAAAUGCGCCUGUGUUGAGGCAGGAAAUCGGCAGCCUGCUCGCGAAAGGAGCGAUCGAGCGUGUCCCUCCGAACGAGCGAGAAAGCGGGUUUUACAGCCGGUACUUUGUAGUGCCCAAGAGAGAUGGUGGUCUGCGUCCGAUUCUGGACUUGAGACCCGUCAACCGAGCCCUUCACAAGCGAGCGUUCAGAAUGGCAACUCUAAAACAGAUCCUGGCACAAGUGCGUCCCGGGGACUGGUUUGCAUCCGUGGAUCUGAAGGAUGCGUACUUUCAUGUUCAGAUAGCCAAGCGCCACCGAAAGUUUCUGCGAUUCGCUUUCGCGGGUUCAGCGUACCAAUUUGCCGUACUCCCGUUCGGACUGGCAUUAGCACCGCGCACAUUCUCGAAGUGCGUGGACGCGGCGCUUUCCCCUCUCAGAGCGAGCGGUAUGCGCAUUCUGAAUUAUCUGGACGACUGGUUAAUUUUAGCCCACUCACGGGAGGCGCUAUCCGGUCAUACGCAAAUGCUGCUUCGUCACUUGACAUCCCUGGGGCUACGCGUGAACAUGCAGAAAAGCAAGCUCACUCCGAGUCAGUCAAUAACGUAUCUGGGGGUAUGUUUCGACUCAGUGGAGAUGCGCGGCCGCCUCUCUCAAGAGCGGACGGAGUCCAUCUCUUCAGCUCUACAUCUGCUCAGGCCGGGUCGGUCUGUUCCACUGAGGGAGUUUCAGAGGCUUUUGGGUCUCAUGGCGUCAGCCUCGGCGGUCUGCCACCUGGGUCUUCUGCACAUGCGACCGCUACAGUUUUGGCUGAAGGCUCGUGUUCCAUGGAAAGCAUGGUCCUCGGGUCGAGUGCGAGUCCCGGUUACACUCAGUUGCCUCAGUGCCCUGAGCCCAUGGCGCGACCCAAGCAUGUUCAGUCGGGGAGUUCCCCUGGGGCUGGUUACGAGACGCAUAGUCGUUACGACGGAUGCGUCGUCCUCGGGAUGGGGUGCAGUGUGCGAGGGCAUGCCGGCAUCCGGCCUUUGGACACAGUCACAGAGAAAAUGGCAUAUAAAUUGCUUGGAGCUGAUGGCGGUGUCUCUAGCUCUCCAUACUUUCCAGUCGAGACUGGAGAAGAAACAUGUCCUGAUUCGCACCGACAACAUGUCCGUGGUUUCGUACAUAAAUCGCCAGGGAGGAGUCCGCUCAGGAACUCUUUUCAAACAGGCUGCGAGUCUCCUACUGUGGGCAGAUCGGCAUCUACUCUCUGUCAGGGCAGCGCAUAUCCCCGGUCGUCUGAACUGCGGAGCGGACAUGCUUUCGAGGGAGGGUCUUCCGCACGGAGAAUGGAGGCUUCAUCCAGACUCAGUGCGGUCAAUUUGGGAGCGCUUUGGGACGGCGGAAGUGGAUUUAUUCGCGACGAGCGAGAACGCGCACUGCCCGCUGUAUUUCUCGCUGACCCAUUCCCCCAUGGGGAGCGACGCUCUGACGGUGCGAUGGCCGAACGUUCGGCUUUACGCGUUUCCUCCGGUGAAGAUUUUGCCCCUGGUGCUGUGCAAAAUCAGAGAGGAGACGGCGACGGUGAUCCUCGUCGCUCCGUUUUGGCCGAAUCAACCGUGGUUUCCGGACCUAAGCGAAUUGUUAACGGCACCGCCGUGGCGGAUUCCCCUCAGGAGAGACCUGUUGUCCCAAGCGAACGGCACGAUAUUUCACCCCAGCCCGCAGCUGUGGAGUCUUCAUGCCUGGCCUCUUCGGGGGUUUUAAAUGCACUUCCUCAGCGUGUACUUGACACUAUUUCGGAGUGUCGAGCGCCUUCCACCAGGCGUUUAUACGCUCUCAAAUGGGGGGUGUUUGUUAAAUGGUGCAGUAGUAACAAUAUCGACCCGAUGUCCUGCCCCGUGUCUGAUAUUUUAUGCUUCCUGCAGCACAGGCUGGACAGCGGCGGACUCCCGUCAACACUGAAGGUUUAUGUGGCUGCUAUCGCCUCGUUUCGUUCCCCGGUUGAUGGGCAAUCCAUUGGAAGGCACAUGCUGGUAGUCAGAUUCCUCAGAGGAGCGAGGAGACUUUUUCCACCGCGAUCCCCUUCGGUGCCGCCUUGGGACUUAGCGCUGGUGUUGAAGGCUCUCUCCUUUCCCCCAUUCGAGCCUCUGGACGCGGCUUCCCUAAGAGAGCUCACUCUAAAAACCGUUCUCCUUCUUGCCCUUGCUUCGGCUAAGCGCAUAGGGGAUUUACAAGCGCUCUCAGUCGGCGCUGAUUUCAUUCGUUUUGGAACCGGCGACCGCAAUGUCACUCUCCGGCCGAAAUCGGGUUAUGUGCCAAAGUCUAUGUCUACCCCAUUUAGAGCACAGGUCAUUUCUUUGCCCGCUUUGUUUUCCGAGUCGUCAGACUCGCAGAAUGCAAACGCUCCGAGAGCGGUCUGCCCGGUAAGGGUUUUGCGGGCUUACAUUGAUCGCACGGCCGGUUUUCGGCAGUCUGAACAGCUCUUCGUCUGCUAUGGUGGGGGAACUAAAGGUCGGGCUGUAUCAAAGCAGAGGCUCUCUCACUGGGUGGUGGACGCUAUUACCUUAGCGUAUGAGAGUCAGGGACAGAACUGCCCAUUCGGUAUCAGAGCUCAUUCGACUAGGGCUAUCGCCUCUUCGUGGGCUUGGUCUAGGGGCACAUCUAUUCAGGACAUAUGCUGUGCGGCUGGCUGGUCUUCGCAGAACACUUUCGCCAGGUUCUACAGAUUGGACGUGUCCUCUUUGUCGUCUCAAGUUCUCUCGGUGAGUGCUGAUGACUCUUUAUCUUCUACUUUAUAAUCGCUUAUGCUACACAGUGGUUGCCGCGUUGCUGUUUAUGCUGUGCUUGGUGUACUUUUAUAUCUCUGUUAUAUCCGCCCGGGAUACCGUGCUGGCUCUUACUGUUGUGGUGUCUGCCCUGUUUCAGCGCAGCCCGCUGCAUUGGUUGGGUUUGGAUAUGCAAAUUUGGCAGGAGCCCGAUAUAGCAGUUCAUUGGCCGGUUCAGUGAUUUAGCAGUUUAUUGGCCGAUUUAAGCCAAUCAGCUGUUGACGCUUAGCGACCUCGUGAAUGGUUAAAAUAGUAUGCUUCCCAUGCUUGUGUGUUUUAACCCAGUUUUUCUGGCUGAUUUUGCAAGCUCUCACGGCGGGAUUGUACUACCGUUCCAUAUGCGGUCUCCGCAAUGUCGAAGUGACCGCUCUCGAAAGGGAACGUCUCCGGUUACUUUCGUAACCUCGGUUCCCUGAGAAGCGGGAACGAGACAUUGCGGAGAACGCCGUGUUCGCCGCUUAUCACCGUGCAGGCGUUCUCUCGUAGAUUCUGAGGAUUGUCGUCACAUGCACUGUAUUUAUACUGUCUGGAUUCGUCAGUAUUUGCAUACGGUUGCAUUCUUGCGACAAUUGGCCAGUUUUUUUACUGGCGUUAUCCUAUAAGAUUUCAGGAAAAGUGAAAAAGAGGAGGAGUUUCAUAUGCGGUCUCCGCAAUGUCUCGUUCCCGCUUCUCAGGGAACCGAGGUUACGAAAGUAACCGGAGACGUUUUCAGCCGCAUUAAAUAUUUGAUAGAAUCUCUUUAAAUCUGUUAUUUCUAUUAAUAAUUAUAAUAAUCUGUAUCAUGUUAACAUGUUGAAAGAGGAGCUAGUUGGGGUUGGGCAUCGUUUGAAUUUGAGCGAUUUCAAUUCUUUGAUGGUGAAACUGUAGAUACUUCAAUGAAACUAUGGUCAAUUUGUGGAAAUUAUAUAUUUAAACUUUGCUUGCUAUAGUAUUAUGGCAGGACAGACAUGAAACGAACACGGUUUGCAAGUAAAAGACCGGAGGGUGGUUUAUUUCUCAACAAAGAAACAAUAUUGUGGGUGAAUACGGGGGGAAAUCCAACUCGUGCAAUCUACUUCCGGAUGUCUGGUGCGAUCCGUGGUGAGUGGUGGUGGUGUCUCAUUUUUAAAGGUAUUAAAUCGUGUAUCAUCUUUUCAUAUUAGUCCAAAGAGGUCAAUUACUAAAGUCUGCCUGAAUUGAAUCAUUGCGUAAGCGAAAAAAGUGGGAGGUUCAUUUAUACCCGGUUGUUAAACAACAUCAUUGCCUAAUGGGGAAUUGAAAGUUUUCGUGUAAAUGGUAAGAGGGCUGAGGGCCAUCUCUGGGAAUAACCGUGAGAAGGGCUGUAACAAUACUUUGUAGUACGAUGAAGCUUUAAAGAGACAUGAGGCAAUGGCGUUUGAGUGUGAGCUCUGUCGGAGCGUUUCAUUGGUUGAAUAUACAGAAUGAAUACGCCCUUCUCUGACCGAACUAGUCAAUAGGUUGGUUUCACGUGACGUCACGCUGCUGCAUCGCGAGAGCGCGAAAUUCAGAUGGAGGGCAGGAAGUGAAAUAGCUGAGGAUCUACCAGUGCCGUCUGAAAAAAUGCCAAUGUUUAGUGUAGUUUACGGCUGCUCCAAUCAAACCGAGAAAAGAGAAAAGGAUUUUACAGAGUACCAAAGAUUGUCACUCAUAAAGGUGAGAAAUGUAAAAAGCUCACAGAACAACGCCGUAAAAAGUGGAUUUUUAACGAACGUCUGCGGUUGGGAGGAGCAGAGUCUGUUAAUGCCCGUGUCUGCAGUGGCGGAGCCAGAGGGCUAGUUGGGGCCCCAGACGAAGUCCUUGUCACCCCUGUUGCCACCCCGCUGAAAACAUAAGACUGUUAGAUUUUUACGAACAUUUCCCAAAUCUCCCAGCGGACAUGAAUGCAUCCUUACGCUGCACGCACAAGUGUGCAGCCGCAGCGUGCUUGUUGCUGCUACACUUUUCAUUGGUUAAGCUGACACGCAGAACCUUCGUGACGUGCUCCAAACGGCUCCAAAAUAACGCCGACAGCUCACAGGAUCGAUGAAGAGCAUGUUGCUGGUAUGUACGGCUUUUAUUGGAAUUAAAUCAAACGAAGUAGUGUUUUAUCGGGAAGUAAGGGAGACGUUGCACUUUAGUGCUUAGCAUUAAUACUUCAUGAGCAUUACUAGUCGUGAAACUGACUGACUAAUACUGUCACGCCUGCGUGAAUAUGCUUUAAACAUGUCGUUGGCAAAUGUUCAGCAACAAUCACAGACAUUAGGUAGACUUAUUCAUAUUGGCACGUGUAAUGCAGCACUAAUCUUAGUAUAACAGACCGUUGUCAUGAAAAACAGAGCGUUGCCAUGGACGCAGGAUUCUAACCGUAGAGACCGAACGGACUAUUUUCUUUAGCGGAAGCAAUAUAAAUAGUUUUUAAAUCAGUAAACUCCCUUUUAAAUCAAUAUGUUGUGUCAAAUGAUUUAUUUAUUUGGUAGGUAGCCAUGUAAUCAGCGGGAUAAUGUAUAGCGAGGCGGUUGGCUUUAUGAUGUUUAAUGUUCUUUGUUUGUUUUCUAUAUAUUUCCCGUUUGAAUAACUGAUGUUUAUGUUCCUUAGAUUUAGAGAAUUAAAACAGCAAUAAAACAGCAAUUCAAUAAUUCAUAAACGCUUCUCAGCUUGUUUUGUAGCUUGUAAUCAUGAACAAUAUAAUACUAUCUGAAAGUAAUAAUCUAGAUCAAGAAACAUCAAGGGGCAAUAAUCCGCAGCAAUGAUUUUGUUAUAAUCUUGCAGUCCCAUAGAAUGAGUAUAUGUUUUAUCAAACAUGUAAGAUGCUCUGAUCCACAUCACUUAAAAGACACCUCUGGUGCUGCUUUGCUCCUGUUUAAAUUAAGCAAGUUAUCAUGGUUAAACUAUUUUUUCAACAUUUUCAUUAUUUAUAUUUUAUAAUGUAUUUAAUCCAAAUACAUUCAGAAUUAAAUUAAUGCCAUUAAGUUGUGCAGCUGUUUUGUAUACUGUACAUAUGCCACAGGUCAGGGUUACACACAGAUUUUCUGCCGUUGUCUGUGGACCCACUGAAAUUGCCUUGGCUACCCCCUUGCCACCCCAUAAAUUAAACUCUAGCUCCGCCACUGCGUGUCUGCAGCGACCACUUCGUCAUGUUAGCUAGCCAACUUGUUUUUUGUGUCUGUGUUUAUAUAGCAUUAGGAUGUCGUGUAAUGCUCAUUUACUUAGUAAUGAUUAUGAAGUUACCGACACGGACAGAUGAGAGCUCGGAUCUGACACAGACAGCCGAAAGCUCCGAACCGAAGCAGCCAGCUGACGACAACAACCCAUAAUCAGUGGGAAUGGGACAUUAAAUGAUCAAGGCUAUGUAGAUGCUGGAUGCUCGACUGAACUAACAAUGGAUGAUAUUUAGAAGAUGGAGGAUGUUCAGAGACAAAACACAACAGAGCUGGGAGAUCUUCGAGCCAAAGGAAUGGACAACACAGUUCAACAAGGAGUCCUUUAAAAAAAACGAAGACAAGGGGCUCCCCAACUUAGUUUUUAUUCAAAUAUUUUAAUUACAAGCAUCACCAUACUGUAAAAUUUCUGAUGUUGCACCACAAGGCUAUGUCACUUGCAUAUCUUGUGCCUGGGGAGGGAGAGUCAGCGAUAAACAGAUCACAAUAGAGAGUGGCCUCCUAAAAAACCUGUUUCCUGGAGAUAUUGUCCUAGCAGACCGUGGCUUCAAUAUUGGUUACAGUGUGGGAUUUUACUGUGCUUCACUACAGAUACCUGCAUUUACCAAGGGGAGAAAACAGCUGUCAGCGUAUGAGGUGGCAGACACAAGAAAAAUAUCGAAUUUGCGUAUUCCUGUUGAGAGAGUUAUCGGUUUAGUCAGAAGAAAUUAUCAGAUUCUGCAAAGCCGGGCUAUGCCCAUAGAGCACAUGGCAACAAAACAAGGUGAGGCACUAGCAUUGAUUGACAAGAUUGGGGUAUUUGCUGUGUCUUGUCUAAUCUUUCGGAGUCUGUUGUCCCAUUGGAGUUAGGAGGGAUAGGGAUAAUAAUCAGUCAGUCCAGUACCUGAGCCCUCACACAUGUAGUGUCCAAUACCUGAGCCCUGCUUCUUGGCUCUGAUGAUAAGUAAGAGGACAGGGAGUAGUAGUACCUGAGCCCCGACAUGUAUCAGUCUGUUAAUAUGUUUUCAACAAGUGUAAUCGUUUUAUCCACUAAUGACUAGUGGAUAAAAGUAUUACACUAGUGUAAUACUAGUGACUAGUCCACUUGUACUGGCUAUAUGUAUUAUAUGUAAUGAAAUGGAUUCUUAUCUGUUAUUGCACACCAUUUUCGUAUUAUAACAAUUGUUGAACAAUCUAAUAUUGUAAAUAAACCCCCAUUUAUAAUUC